AAAUUAUUUAAAGUCACUAUUCAAUUAGUUCCCAUCAUUUUCAGAAAUAUUCUAAAUCAAUAAAGAAUAAUAUCUGAUAAGCUUAUUAUGAAUUUAUUACACUCCUUACUACUAUUAUUUUCUUUGAUAUUAUCGGUAUCGACACUGGUUAAUCGAAGAGAAACUACAUAUUCAAGGAGUAACACUAAUGAAUCAUUAGUUGCAAAUCCACAGAGAAGAGAUCAUAGGCAUCACUAUAGACAAGAUUCUCGAAAUUAUGAUUUUUAUCCUGAACAUCACCAUCACCAAACUUAUCCUCAUCCGCAUCAGCACCAUCGACACAGUGAAAGAGAAGACAUAAAUCCUCAAAGAAGAUAUGACAACCAACAUAUACAUCAUCAUAGCCGUUCCCAUGAACAUCACGGAUCUUCUCAAUAUGAUCAGAAUCCAACAGCUCAACAAGAAAAAUUACAAUAUCAAGAAAGAACAAAAGAACACAUUACAUUAAUAACUCCUCAAGAUAAAAUUCAUGAGCGACUUGUGAGUGACCACUAUAAAUUAGAAAAUAUAGAAACUCAUCUAGCAGAAUCUUCCCCUUCAACACAGUCUUCUACUUCAACAACUCAGACUGUUAAGGAGCAAGGAACAGAGACUCCGAAACCAAAUGAAGUCGACUCAACAAACACAAACCAGCCACACAGUCAAAAUUUGCAUGUAGAUUCUUCUAAAGAAAAAACUGAUGACAAUUCAGCUGUACAUAAAGUUAUACCAUCCGAAGAUCAUCAGCAUCAUCAUCACCAUCAUCAUGAUCAUGAUCACGAACAUAAAGAUCACGACAGCACUGAUAAAAAGAAGAAGAGCAGUACAGUAAAGCCUACUGACAAAAAUACUAAAGAACUCCAGGAGAAUGCAGAUACGAAAACCAAAGAAAAACACACUACUCAAGCUACACCCAUUGCAGCAGCAAGUAAAACUGUUGGAGGUCACUAUUCAAAUGUCUUAAAAACAAAAACAGAGAACAAAGAAUCUAAAUAUCAACACGUUGAAACACCUACAUCAGAUUCAGUUAGCCAAUCAUAUCACACAUCACAAACAAAAUUAUCGGCAUCGACAAUAUCGUCAUCCUCAUAUAAAAGACCACUUAAUAAACCAGUGGAAACUUAUACAGAUAGCAAAGACCAUCUGCAUUCAUCUCAUAUUGAAACAUACCAAGCUCUACAACAACAACAAAAAGAAAAAUAUCAGGAAAAACCGCAGAAAUCAUUGAAAACUGAACACUACAGUAGUUCAUAUAAACAAAAAGAACCAGUGGUCAGUUCAAGUCAACACUAUACAAAAUCAAAUGCUUACAGUCAAUCAAAUAAUGGCGGUAAUAAUAAAGGUAUAAGUGAAGAUGAUAAUAAGCACUAUCACUAUCAUUAUAAGAAAGGUAAAUCUGAUUAUUCUGAUAACAAAAAAAGUGAAAGUGUCUAUAAAAAGUCAUCAUCCUCUGAAAAUAAGCCAACGUCACCAUCUAUAACAUUUGUUUCUGGAAAUGAAAAUAAAUAUAGUUCAUCUAAAUAUAAACAGGAUAAAACACCGAAAACUACAAUAAUUAGUGAUGAAGCAUUACGAAAGAUUAAAGAGGAAAUAGAAAAGAAAAUACGUAGUGAUUUAGAGAAAAUGACUCAAAAAGUUAAAGAAUCUGACAAAUCGAAAUAUGGUGAAAAUGAAAAGUCAUCCUAUUCGCAACCUUCUCGUUCAAAUUCUGAAGGAGGAGAACGCGAAGAAAAAGAAAAUGAUAGACAGAAUUAUGAUGAACGUAGAAGAGAAGAAGAAUACAGUAGGUUUCAUGGACGAGACUAUGAAAGAAAAACACGACGUCCUAGAAAUCACUACGAACAUUCAGGUGAGUUGAUCAACAUAGAUUUACGUGUAAAACGGAGCAAUAUUAUACUACCUAUGGAUUCUGAUCACGAUCGACACGACGAAAGAAACAGACGUUACGAACCUGAAGAAAAUGAAUUCCGAUCAGAUAGACGUGAACCACGAUAUUCACCGACAGACAGAGAUAUCCCGCCAUAUCGUCGUCAUUCUCAUCACCAGCCUAAUCCACCACAUCAUCCAUUACCACGACAACAUUAUCCACAUACUUCUUCUCGUGAAGAUGAAAGACCUAGUCGUGAAAGUGAUCAUGUAUAUCGUGUUCAUGGAGAAGAGUCUUCAGAUCAUUCACCUUAUGAAAAACAUAAUGAUGAAACUGAACAGAAACCAGAAAAACGAAAUAAUUACGAACAGAGGCCAAGAAGCAUAGUUCAAGGUGUAUCAUUUUCGGAAAAUGCUACAGCCCUACCAGCCGCACCAGCCAGCUAUGAUUAUACGACAAAAAUUUUGGAGUCCAUUUCCAUCCCAAUGAUUAUUAACGUAGAUGACGCACUAAAUAAUGAAUGUCCUACAUUUUCUUGUACAACAAAUUGUACAGGUAACUUAUACAAGCUUGAUACCAGCACAGGUUGUCCGAGAUGCGAAUGCUGCUCACAGGCUGUAUGCCAAAAACAAUGCGAAAACGGCUAUGCUGCUGAUCAAGAUGGCUGUCCUACAUGUCAGUGUCUGGGAUCUUACAAUUAA